ACAGAUGUCAGGAUGACGGGAACAUAGGAAUGCUUGUCGGUUGUUGACAAUUUUCGUCUCGUUGGUUUUUCUUAGGAGUUUUAUUUUGGUGCUUUGAAAAUACUAAAGAUGGAGGUUCCUGAGACCGUGCGGACAACAUGUCGAACUUGUGCCGUUCAGAAAGAUAGCGAAACAUUCACUCCACUUUUCGCCGGGCCUACAUCAUGUCAACGAGCAAGAGAAGAUGUCUUGGCGGAAUUGUAUGCAUUCAGCUUGAAGAUAAGCGAGGAUGAUGGACUUCCACAACAAAUAUGUUCCGCAUGUUUGGACAAUUUCAAUUUCAUCGUACAGUUUCGUGAUCAUUGUAGAGAAGCCCAAGAUGUAUUAGAGGCAAUUUACGUUCGCAAUGAUAAGAAUACAAUUGACGUGAAAGUGCUUCAAGAAUAUGACGAUAAUUUCGUGAAGGCAGAACCUGAACUAAUAAAAUUAGAAGAAAUCCCAGCGAACUCCACUAAAAUCGAGGAAAUAAACGUUGAUGCGCAGUUUUAUGAAGACGAAGAUCGAUGGGAAAGUGAAUAUUUGAUGACGGACACUCCUAUCAACAAUGGGCACGAUGGUUCGGAAAAGACAUCGUCAAAGGAAAGUUCCUUAAAUACACGAAAGGCUCAGGACAGCGAUAGCGACUCAGAUGACAUACCACUAAAAGACUACAUGAAAGGAGUCACAAAAGUUAAAAAAGCAACUAAAAAAACAAGAUCGCCAACAAAGGAGGGGAAGGAUUCCCCAGACAGCAAACAAAAGGAAGUCACUCCGAAACCCACUUUUCCCUGCAAUCAUUGCGGUAAACCAUGCAAAUCAUUAUCAACCUUAUCACGUCACAUUAGAGUAUGUUCCGAACGGUCAGAGCUUCCUUGUUCAAUAUGUACAGUUGCGUUCCAAUCUAGAGAGCUUCUUGAUAAACACAUGACCGACGCACAUCCUAAUGGAGGCGAACCAAUGUGCCCAAUAUGUUCAAAAACGUUUGCAAGUACCUCUAAUCGGGAUUCACAUAUAGCAACUGCGCACAAUACUGAAAAAGAAUAUCAUUGCGAUUUAUGUGAAAAGUCAUUCAGGACAAAUAUUUAUCUGAAAUAUCACAAGACGCGGCAUCAUCAGGAUUGCGAAAAUGAAUGCUCCAUUUGUCAUCAGAAAUUCUCGAACUGGAAUAAAUACCGUUAUCACUGGACCCAUGCUCAUCCGGAAAAUAUGAAAUUCAAAUGUAAAUAUUGUGAAAAGCCAUUUGCAACGCAGUUCGUUAUGCGUGUUCAUGAACGAUCUCACACCGGAGAAAGACCAUUUUUGUGCAACCAGUGCGGUGUCGCUUUCCGUUAUCGAACGCAAUUCCUGGACCACAUGAAAACUCACGAAAGUAAGCGUGAUAUAGCAUGUGAUAUGUGCGGUUUAACAUUUUAUACGAAUCGUCAGUUGUCUAAUCACAAACGCAAACACAUGAGCAAAAAUCACGCGUGUGAAAUAUGCGGCGAAGCGUUCGCCUACAAGUUAGAUCUCUACGCACAUAAAUACAAUGAACAUAAAAUCGCUGAAUACAAUCCAAAACGUAAAACUAAUUACCCGUUUAAUUGCCCAAAAUGUUCAAAAGGAUUCUCAGUGUUAACGAGUUUAUCGAAGCAUAUAAAAAUUCAUACAGAUACCGAACGUAAACACGUUUGCCCACAUUGUGGAAAUGGAUAUAAACGAUCCGAUCACCUAAAGUUGCAUAUUAAACGUAUGCAUUUGAAGAUAACGGAGCACAAAUGUGAAGUAUGUGGAAGGGAAUAUCUGGAGAAAUGUGCGCUACGAGCGCACAUGGUGGUGCAUGACAGUGCCAGGCCAUUUACAUGCACUAAAUGUCCUGCUUCGUUCAAACGGCAACGGUCCUUGAAAGAUCAUAUGCUGAAACAUGAAGGCAGAAAAGAAUAUGCUUGUGGCAUUUGCGAUAUGCGGUUUUUCAAUCGUACCAUAGUUGUGUUACAUACGCAAAGGGUGCACUCCGAUUCACAAAAACAAUUUAUGUCAGAAUUGGUGCGAAAAGAACUAGAGGAAGCGACAUCUAGAAUAGACAGUAACGAGCCUAGCGAAGAAAUGAAAGAUGAUUUGAUAAAUGUUUGAAUUUAAAGAUUAGAAAGUCACAACUUUGUAUUUAAAUUUAAGAGAAUUGAUGAAAAGAAACGCAUUUUUUGCAUGCCUUUUACAUAUAACGAAAUUUUGAUUAAGUUCUAUUUUUUUUAGUAACGUCUCUCGUAAAUAUAAGAGAUUGAUUCCAUUCGGAGAAUGACUUGAUUUCUCUUGUUUAUUACUUAAUCAAAUAAACGAUGCGAUUCGAGCAGACUGAAUAAUA